ACGGGAAGAGAGGACAGGCCUGCCUUGCCCCAGUAGUCAACGGCACGCACUCGGUAAAAGCCGGAGACUGAGCUUCCUGCAAAUGAAAAGGUUAUGUGGGGACAGGUUCAACAAAGAAGCAGAACAAGAAGCAUGCAGGCUGACUGAAAACCUUCUGCUCUACUCAGGAAGCAGCACCACUUACUUUAAAGCAUAUACAGUACCACCAGAAUCUGGGUUGUAUGAUUGCCUGCCAUGUAGUGACUGGAAGCCAUGCUGACUGUUGCAUUGAGGCAGACAAACUGGAACUAUUUACAAGUGUUCUGCAUAGACAAGACUGGCUCAAUUGCCAGGCCCUUGCCAGGAGUGCUCUGGAGACAAUUUUAAGACACUGACCAGAUCAAAACCGUUACAGGCACAUGACAAGCCUGCUUUUGUGAGCAUAGUCUCAGUCCUUUCAGCAGUGAGCGUGCUGUAUAUGGGGGGAAGAGAGAGGCAGACAAAGCACCAACAGCUUCCUGUGCCGAGAAAGCUGUGAACGUGAGGUACUGUGCUACUGGGCGCUGAUACAAAAAAAGUUGUGGAACUACUGCAGCUACUGUUUGUGCCUUUGAGCAAUGUCUGGUUGAAGACUUCCAUUCACUCCAACAUGCAAAAACAGAGUUGGUACAUUCCUGUCAAAAAGCUAUCCAGGAACACAUAAAAGAAGUAAACACAGGAAAUAUGGAAAGACCACUUGAGGCUACCAGAAUGGAAAACAACACCUCAUCCUGCUUUCUCAUGGAAAGAAAGACUCAUGCCAAGAUUAAUAGGAAAGAAGUCAUACUAGCGAAACUGAGAAAGAGCUGCUCCUGCACACCACAGAAGCUGAAGAACUUUCUUAUGGACUUCUUUCCUGUUUUACGAUGGCUUCCCAAGUACAGAUGCAAAGAGUACAUUUGGGGGGAUGUUAUGUCUGGGUUAGUGAUCGGGAUAAUUUUGGUGCCUCAAGCAAUUGCAUACUCCCUGCUGGCAGGUCUGAAGCCCAUUUAUAGCCUUUACACAUCAUUCUUUGCCAACAUCAUCUAUUUCUUAAUGGGCACAUCCCGUCACGUCUCAGUUGGCAUUUUCAGCUUGAUAAGCUUAAUGGUGGGACAAGUUGUGGACCGAGAACUUCUCUUGGCUGGGUUUGACUUGAAUGAUGAUGCCCCACCAGCCUCAGGUGAUGGCUCUCUGCAGAAUGACAAUCUGUCCAACACAACUGCCUUCAACCUUACCAUUGUGGGGAUAAAUGCCGAGUGUGGGAAAGAGUGCUACGCUAUUGGCAUUGCUACAGCCUUGACAUUCAUGGCUGGAGUGUAUCAGGUUCUAAUGGGGAUCUUCCGUCUGGGUUUCGUAUCUAUGUACCUAUCCGAGUCCGUACUAGAUGGCUUUGCAACUGGUGCUUCCUUAACCAUUUUAACAGCUCAAGUGAAGUAUCUGAUAGGAAUAAAAAUUCCACGUAGCCAAGGGCAUGGGAUGCUUGUUAUUACCUGGAUUAACAUUUUCCGGAACAUUUCUCAGGCUAACCUUUGCGAUGUCAUCACAAGUGCCAUUUGUAUCGUGGUGCUGGUCACCGCUAAGGAACUCGGAGAUCGGUAUAAACAUAAACUGAAAUUCCCUCUUCCCACAGAGCUGGUAGUUAUCGUUGUGGCAACACUGGUGUCACACUAUGGUAAGUUAAAUGAAGUGUAUGCAUCCAGUGUUUCUGGAGCUAUUCCAACAGGAUUUAUCCCUCCAAAGGUACCAGAGUUCAACUUAAUGCUCCGAGUUGCACUAGAUGCUUUGCCUCUUGCCAUAGUCAGUUUUGUCUUCACUGUAUCCCUCUCAGAAAUGUUUGCAAAGAAAUAUGCUUACACCAUCCGAGCCAAUCAGGAAAUGUUUGCUGUGGGAUUCUGCAACAUCAUUCCUUCUUUCUUCCACUCUUUUGCAACCAGUGCAGCUCUGGCAAAAACACUUGUCAAAACAUCUACGGGCUGCCAGACUCAAAUCUCUGGAGUAAUUAGUGCAAUGGUGGUUUUGCUGGUGCUGCUCUUCCUGGCACCUCUCUUCUACUCCUUGCAGAAGUGUGUCCUGGCUUGUAUUAUCAUUGUCAGCCUUCGGGGAGCCCUGAGGAAGUUCCAAGAUGUGCCAGCACGGUACCAGGUGAAUAAGGUGGACACACUUGUUUGGGUAGUUACCAUGUCUGCCUCUGCCUUGGUCAGCACAGAAAUAGGACUGUUGGUUGGCAUUGUUUUCUCCAUGUUAUGCAUCAUUGUUCGGACCCAGCGGCCACGGACAGCCCUGCUUGGUCAGAUCCAAGACACCAGCUUUUAUGAGGAUGACUUAGAAUAUGAAAAUCUCUCUACUGUUCCAAAGGUCAAAAUAUUUCGGUUUGAGGCCCCACUUUACUACGCAAAUAGAAACUACUUCCUAAAGUCUCUAUACAGAUUGACCAAUUUAGAUCCUAACCUAGAAGCUGCUAGGAGGAAGAAAUAUGAGAAGAAGGAAAAGCAGCAUCUGAAAAAGGGAAAUCACAGAACUGCUAAUGGACUUGGCAUCGGAGAAACCACUUUGCAACUAGUUCCGAAGCAAAUUGAUUUCCAAACCCUUGUUGUAGAUUGCUCUUCCAUCUCAUUUUUGGACACCACUGGAGUUAAUACUUUAAAGGAAAUCCUGAAAGACUACAAGAAUUUAAACAUUUCUGUUCUCCUGGCUUGCUGCAAUCCCUCAGUGAUAGACUCUCUUAAAAGAGGGGGUUACUUUGGAAAGGAUUUUGGAUGUAUGCAGGAAAUGCUAUUCUACAGUAUACAUAAUGCUGUGCUAUUUGCAAAAGACCAAAAGCUUCCAGCAGAUUGCUCAGUUUAACCCUGUGUCUUCCCUGAUAAUUCACUACUAAGUGACAGAUGGAGAGGGGUAGUUUGCAACAAGCACAUUAUCAGACACACUGUUGGCUGUGUAAAGCCAUUCCUCCAAAAGAGUUCCACUUUAUGUCAUAUGCCACAUACAGCAGCCACAGAGGAGGCAGUAUAGGGCAAGCAUGAAAAGGUUAGACUACUACCUACACUUUAAAAUGCAGGUGAAAGCAGUUUGGGAUCAACUUAUCCAUCAUACCAUCAUUAUUUGUGACCCAAAAUGGAUGUGGGGGGAAGGCCUGCCCAGUGUUGCCUCCCAGUGAUUCAAUGGCUGGUUUCUGUUAAGAAAGCCAAGCCACUUCCAUUAAAAUGCAAUCAGUAUGGCAUUCUGGACACAUAAUGGUUUAAACUGUGGCUUGCAAGGCCCUGCCCCUUCCUAUUAUUCUAGGUGUACUACUUAACAAGUCUCCACUGUUCGCACAAAAAUAAAAUGUAUAAAAUAUUGUGGAAUGUAGAAUAUCUCUCCAUAUUGAUCACGCAAGCAUAACCUUGUUAAUAGCAUAACCUGCCACAGGAAAAGAAACUAUGAUCCAUCACAGGUUCCUCUCAAAACUACCAUUAUCAAAAAUUGGUUUUGGAGUCACAGGAGUCCUCCUUACUAUUGGAUUAAAUCUGUUGUAAUUAGGCUGUGAUGCCCCUAAUCAUGCUGGAAGAAAUACAACUCUGAUGCACAAUUUUGUAACUAGUAAAAAUAUACACAGGAUUAAGAAAAAUGAAUGGCUUUAAUUGGCAGCUACUCAGCCAGUUGUACCAUCCUGUAAAAUAAGCUGCCUCUGGUGGGCAGAUGCAACUCUAAUUCAGGGACACAUAAGGACCAUCAAACGUAAAACCUCAGAGCUGUGAUGCAGCACAUCACUAUCUUCCUACAAAUGCCAGCCUGUGUUCAAAGAAAAACAGGAGAAAAUAAAGGCAGAGUGGGAAGGUUAAUCUGUGAGUUUUCUUGAAGGGGAUUGAUGGAUCAGUCAGAACUGCCUGGCUGGUCUUCUCUGAUGCAAUGCUAAUGAAGUAUUACAAGUAACAUACAUGGGUCAAGUAAACAGAGCAAUGCUUUGCAACUUGUGUAUCCCCCUAUGCUGAAAAAUUUUCACCACUGUUUAUACACACUACAGAUGCUGUGGGGGUUUUGUUUGUUUGGCUUUUUUUUCCUAUCAUAUUAGUGUUUGAUUCGAGGUUUACUAGACCAUGUUUUCUGGGGCUGGUUACUUUCUAUAAUAAUUUGCAUUAAGUGCUGUUCGUUAUACUUUAUGUCAUCAGUUGUAUUGUUCUAUAUGCAGGUUCUGUCUUCACAAAUAAGAAUAGACUUGGAUCUUGAUUGUAACACAGUAUUCAGUGUUCUGGCCCGUGGCAUGGGCAGAAUAUUCUGUUUCAUACUCAAGUCUGUAAUUACCUGUACAGAAGGUAAGACAGCAGCGCUCACCCUCUCUCCUUUACACAUCACCAAGCAUGGAAGGAAAUUCUGUCAUAGCUGUGCCUCUCCCAACUAACAGACUCUAGAAACAGAGAUAUGCCGAAGACAUUUCUUUGCUGUCCAUUACAGAAAAGUCAAGUAACACAUUGUAUGAUUUGUUAAUUUCAACUUUUUAGGUCAUUGAAUGAAAGUACAGUUGUGCCCCAGAGCCUGUCUAGCUUUUAGAAUAAGUAUUUUCCUAGAGGAAAAGCACAGCACUUUCAAAAGACCAAAAAUACCUUCACAGGGGCUACAACUAGCACAGUAUUACAUUAUUCGAUAUUGAUGUUUCCAUGCACUCAUUACAAAAGAAGCCUAUCAGCUGCACACUGUUAGUAUGCUAAAGCAGUAAAACCUGACAGAAACAUCAGACUGGACAUUCAAGAACUGACAAUUAUCAGUAUUUUCCUGUCAUAAAACAACCCACAUUAUUAUUUAAAUUGCUGACUUGGUAUGAUUAGCUUCUUUCUGUUCUAGAAGGAAGUGAGCAGGGCCCAAGGACAAAAACUGCUUUGUACCUGCUUCUGUUUGUAACCAUUCUUUGAUCAGGGAAUAACUCUUUCAAGGCCUUGCUCAGGCCUAACAAGGCAAAUGGGUGUAUAAGAGUUACUACCAGACAGUACCAAUACAGACACUCUUAGGCCACUGUGCUAAAGCAGGCUGUCAUUGGAAGUCCAAUAAAACAUCCACCAAUCUACACAUCUUUUAGCUUUCUGGAUCCAGCUACCAACAUAGAACACAAAGAAAAAAUAUGCAAAGAUACUCUUAACUUUAAUCUAAUUUUAAAAGGCAAAAAAAAGGGAAGAUAAAUUCAAAUGGAAGGUGCAUCCUUGUAAGAGUCUCUGGGGAAUAAUGAAGAGAAUAAGACAGUAAGAAUGGGAAGUGUCUUUUUCACCAUAUUUAUUUUAAGUGUGGUAAAGAAACUUGACUAUACAUAAGAGAGAAGGUAAACUUUAGAACUUAUACUAUGAAGAAAGAAAUAAUUGGUUAGAAGGAACCAUAAGAACAAUUUCCGGUUUUGGUUUUAGCACUAGCAGAGCUGGCUCACAAUCAACUGUGUUGGACAUUGUCAAAUACAGCAUGGAAACAGCUUCAGUGCUGUGAUGUAGGGAUGCUGGCAGACCAUGAUUUCUAAGGAAUAUGUAAAAGGUAACUAAAAAAGCCUUUUUCUGGUACAUCUAUAUUUGCUAUAUUGAGUUAUACUAAGAUUAAAGAUAUGAAGAUUGAAAAUUAACAAAAACUGCUGAUUCUCUUCUCUCCUAAACUACCAGAAAUUAGCUAUCAUGUAUUGGAGAGGAGUUGGGGAUAGGCUUGUAAUUCCUACUAGGUUAAUACUAAUAUUGAAAUAAAAACCAUUAUAUGCCUUUUAGGAAAUGUUAUAUGUUUCAUGUAGGUUGACUGUAUUUUUGUUUACUGUGAUGCCUUGUGAUUUAUCAUGUAUCAUGUAUCCAAAAGAUCUUAGCACUGCUACAUAAGAACGUGAAAGGAUUCUUAACUUGUGGACUGUGUGUGUCCCUUGGAACUGGGCAAAGAGUUGGAGUCUUCAGCUCAAAGUGUCCUGUCUUGUUGACUAGUGAAGCGUGGCCAGAAUGUGUGCUCCAGGUGUCAAAAUAGCUCUUUUUACUGGCACUGGUAUCUGGGAAAUGUCCAGUCCAUAAAAGACAUGUUGGAUUUCCUCACAAUUCUAAAUAUUCCUGUGUCACAAGACUAAGACCAAGAGACAAAUGCGUGCUACUGGUUGGAAAAUAAAACUAGGAGUUCUUUGAAAACA